UAUCCACUUUAUCCACUCCACACUUCUUUUUGUCUAUUAUCUGUGCACUAGCGAAUCCCUCAACUUGACUUGAUUGACUGACUAGUUUUCUUCAGAUCAUUAUUAUUUACUUAGUUUUCGUAAAUAGUUAUUUAACCAAUGCGACUUUCAGUGCGAUAAGGAAAGGAACAAUGAUAAUAAGUAAGCUAAUCUAAAGAAAUCUGGAAAUCAAACCAACAAUCGCAACUAAGGUGGCCUAUGGAAUUCAAUGAUGUAGUGCAAUGAAUAUGAACUGACCAACAAAUCAAAAUGUCUGAAGGCACAACACCACUUACUAUUCCCACUUCUUUAACAACAUAUCACCAACUGAGUCUAACAGUUGAAACUGCAACCAUAAGAAGUUCUGGACUCUUUAAACCAAAUCCUUACUUGCAAGUUAUUGUAGAUGACAAAAUUUCAAGGAGAACUGAGGUCAUUAAGAAUACUUUGCAUCCAAAAUGGAAAGAGGAAUUCACAGUGCUUGUGACUGCACAGUCACAACUGCUAUUUCGGCUGGCUGAUCACCAUAGCUUUAGAAAAGACAAUAUUAUUGGAGAGAAAAGAAUAAGUCUGCUUAAAGUUCUUCUUUCCUUCAAUGGAAAAUUAGAAAAUGUAGAGCUGUCAAUGGAUUUGAUGAAAACUGUAUCGUCACAGGAGAACACUGCAAAUAGUAAUUCUGAAAUAAAAGCGGCAGAUUUAGUAAUACAUUUGGAUGGUUUAAAAAUUGAUAGUUCUGUCCUAAGCCAAUGUCAAGAGGUGCUAGGUGAAACAAACAGUGGCAAUGCACGUAGUCCGCUUAAUGAUGGAGUGCGAGGCAGAAUCAGAGCGCGCAACAACCCCAACUCAGAGUCUGCGAGAAUUGGUCCACGAAACCACACCUUAAGGCCACCACCCGGGCCGCCUCCUAUGAGCAACGGUGCAUUGCACCCGGCGGCGGCGGCGGCGGCGGACGGCGCGGGGCCCUCGCACGCCGAGCCGCCCGCCGCCGACACUCCGCCUACACCCGCGCCCGCCGCCGCGCCCGAGGAGCCGCUGCCCGGCGGCUGGGAGAUGCGAUACGACGUCUACGGUCGAAGAUACUACGUGGACCACAACACGCGGUCGACGUCGUGGGAGCGGCCGCAGCCGCUGCCGCCGGGCUGGGAGGUGCGUCGUGAUGCGCGCGGCCGCGUGUACUACGUCGACCACAACACGCGCACCACCACCUGGCAGCGCCCCGACACCGAGCGGCUCGCGCGCUUCCAGCACUGGCGCGGCGAGCGCCGCCACGUGGUGGCGCAGGGCAACCAGCGGUUCCUGUACCCGCACCCGCAGCCGCCGCAUCCUCCGCACCAGCAACAGGACGAAACCCACGAGCCGCAAGCCGGUCGAGCCAGCCUCCCGGGCCCCCCGCCGGAGAGCCUGGCGGCGGCGGCGCGCUCGGUGGCGGCGGUGGUGGGACCAGCGGCGGCGGCGGCGGGACCGGCGGUGGCGGCGGCGGGACCGGCGACGGCGGGUCCUGGCCCGGCGGCCCAGCCCGCCGACGACGCGCUCGGCGCGCUGCCCGCCGGCUGGGAGCGCCGAGUGCAGCCCGACGGCCGCGUCUACUACGUCAACCACAAAAACCGCACCACGCAGUGGGAGGACCCCAGGACGCAGGGUCAGGAGGUGAGCGCGCUGGAGGAGGCGCUGCCGGGCGGCUGGGAGAUCCGCUUCACGGAGGAGGGCACGCGGUACUUCGUGGACCACAACACGCGCACCACCACGUUCCAGGACCCGCGGCCGGGCGCGCCCAAGGGUCCGCAGGGCGCCUACGGCGUGCCGCGCGCCUACGAGCGCUCCUUCCGCUGGAAGCUCAGCCAGUUCCGCUACCUCUGCCAGAGCAACGCGCUGCCCAGCCACAUCAAGAUCACGCUCUCGAGGCAGACGCUCUUCGAGGAUUCCUAUCACCAGAUAAUGAGGCUCCCCGCGUACGAGCUCCGCCGACGGCUGUACAUAAUAUUCCGCGGCGAGGAGGGGCUCGACUACGGCGGCGUCAGUCGGGAGUGGUUCUUCCUGCUCUCGCACGAGGUGCUCAACCCCAUGUACUGCCUGUUCGAGUACGCCAACAAGAACAACUACAGCCUGCAGAUAAACCCCGCCAGCUACGUCAACCCCGACCACCUUCUCUACUUCAAAUUCAUAGGAAGAUUUAUCGCCAUGGCCCUGUACCACGGCAGAUUUAUUUAUUCCGGUUUCACGAUGCCUUUCUACAAGAGAAUGUUAAAUAAGAAACUGACGAUGAAAGACAUCGAAUCUAUCGAUCCGGAGUUCUACAAUUCGCUGGUGUGGAUUAGGGAUAACAACAUUGACGAAUGUGGCCUUGAAAUGUGGUUCAGCGUGGAUUUCGAAGUGUUGGGCCAGGUGAUACAUCACGAACUCAAGCCCAGCGGAGACAAAGAACGCGUAUCUGAAUCAAAUAAAGAGCAGUACCUGCAACUGGUGACGCAGUGGCGCAUGACGCGGGGCAUCGAAGAACAGACGACUGCAUUCCUUGACGGAUUUAACGAGGUGGUGCCGCUGGAGUGGCUGAAGUACUUCGACGAGCGCGAGCUGGAGCUGAUGCUGUGCGGCAUGCAGGAGGUGGACGUGGACGACUGGCAGCGCAACACCAUCUACCGCCAUUACACGCGCACCAGCAAGCAGGUCGCCUGGUUCUGGCAGUUUGUUCGUCAAAUGGAUAACGAGAAGCGUGCUCGACUACUGCAGUUCGUGACGGGCACGUGCCGAGUGCCGGUGGGGGGGUUCGCCGAGCUCAUGGGCUCCAACGGACCGCAACGGUUUUGUAUAGAAAAGGUUGGGAAAGAUACUUGGUUACCUAGAUCCCACACGUGCUUCAACAGACUGGAUUUGCCGCCUUACAAGAGUUACGAACAAUUAUGCGAAAAGCUGAACUAUGCCAUUGAAGAAACCGAGGGCUUCGGGCAAGAAUAAAACACUUUAUUACUGUGAUCGGCAUUGCCGUGGUAGGGGUUAUUUAUCCCUAUAUUUACUAUUAGUGAAAUAAAAUAAUGUACAAUACGAGGGUUGCUACUUAUGUAUUCGGAAUGGACCACUUACUGGAACAAUAUUAAAUAUAUAUAUACAACAUAUAAAAAUGGAACUCUUUGGAAGUAGAAUACAUUUUGUUUCAUAUGUCUAUCAUUAGGCUAGAUGACAAAUUUUCAUUAAUGGUAUCAAUCGAUCAGGUCUGUUUUUAGGAUCACGUGUCUAUAUGGGACCCAUUGCAUUAAAGCAAUACAAAAGUCAGAAAUGAUGGUCGUACUUCACUCGCGAAACGCUUCUAACAAAACGAUAAGUGAACGUGACGUCAAGGUCACUGAGAGCCCAUCUUGAAUGUAUGGAAAAUAAGUAAAUUUGCGAUUUUGUCGGUGUAAUAUUGCGUUUAUGUAUAUAGUUGCCAUACAAUCUUUUUUCUGAUAUAAUGUAAGGAAUCGAAUGGUGCCCUUACUUUUUCCCUUUUUGGAAGUUAAAAAACCUUCAAUUUUAGGUCCUGUAUUUUUGUAUUAUUUCCAUAUAUAAUUUUAAUAUCCACAUUAUUGUGAUAAAUUGCUCAUUUGCUAUCUAUUUUACUAGAUUUUGUUAUAAAAUUCAACAUGUGUCAUCAUCCCUAUUGGUUUUAUUGGUUAGAAAUUACUUGUUUCAUCUUCAAAGUGGUUUUACUUGUGAAAUUUUUUGUGCGAUGAUUUUUUACGAUUUUCGGCAUUAGUUAACCAAAAAAAAUGCAAUGAUCGACUUUUUCCGACUUUUAGGGGAGGAAGUUCCAUCGAAGAUCAAUGUGUAUCAAUGAUUUAGUGUGUAAUUGUGGUCGUAGUAUGGAUGAUUUAAUAAAAACGCUCCAAAUAGGCUGAUAUCCCACAAAAUAUAGAUUCUGUGCGCGAACUCAUAAUGCAAGAUCGUCAUUGUACAUAUCGCGAUAUAGAGGCGUCUCUGGGCAAUAGUAUGACGAGCAUUUGUAAGCUAUUACAUAAACAUUUGGCUGUUAAAAAAAGAAAACAUUGCGUACAAGCCGUUUUUGCGUACAUAAUGCACGUUUUGUAUACCAAAAUUAGAAUGGAAAAAAUGCUAUGUAAAGUGGUUUCAACGUAUAAAAAAGUACAUCGUUCAUCUUGGCGAACAAAUAUAAAAACAAUAAAAGCAUAUAUAACUACAAAUUUUUGUUAUUUUCUUGCUUUUCCGGAUACAUAAGUACACGGCAUAAGUAGCAACCCUCGUAUUACCACAAUAAUAUUAUUGCACCACCUCAACGGGAGGAAUUUUAUUGUUCACCAAUGGAAUUGGUGCUUAAUUUCGUAAAAAGACCAACCAAAUACUUGUAUGAAUAUUUUGUUCUAUAUUAAUUACUUAACCAUUAUGUAGAUAUCGUUAAUGUAUUAUGUCGGUUAUAUAAGAAUAUUUUGUUUGAAUUAUACCUAGCAAAAGUCGUCUAUAAAGUUAAUUAAAUAAUUUUUAAACCAC